UUUUUUUUCCUUUCAUUUUUUUGGAAUUUUAUAUGUAAUUUUCUUUAAAUGUUUGAUUUACUUAUAUUCAUUAUAUUGUGCUUUUGCAAUGUUAUUUGGUGUUUUUUUAUUUUAUUUUAUUUUAAUCUUUUUGAAAUUUUAUGUUUGUCAUUUUCUUUAGAUGCUUAAUUUAAUAUGGGUUAUGCUAAAAUGUGGAAAUAAUACCAGAAGAGUUAGAAUUUCAUUGUAUUUUUCAGAUAUUUUCAAAAUAUUUUUAGCCAUUUCUACAUAUUUUUUUACACAUAUCAAUUGCUACUCAUUGUCAUUAGCAUUUCCCGUUUAAUAUUCAUUUUAUUGUGCUUUUGCAGUAUUAAUAGUUUAUUUAUUUAUAUAUAUUUUUUGUUUUGUUUUUUAAGGACGUAGAAGUCUUGGAUCAUCAACAAUUUAUUUGGUAUAAUUACAAUAGUUUAGCUUGAAAUGGAGGGUUGUGGAGAUUUCCUACAGUGGCUUGGACCUGACACGUCUAUGAAUAUUCUCAUGUGUUUAAAGGACCCGUCAGAUCUCAUCCGUGUCUGUUCAGUUUCAAGUUCUUGGCGCCGGUUUGUGAUUGAAAAUAGCCUCUCGAAGCAGCUUUGUCUAAGACUGUUUCCUGAAAUAUCAAGUUUUGCCCAUGUUAUUGAAGUGGAAAACACGAUAGAACCCAUAGUAGUCAAGCCUGACAAGCCUAUGGAAUGGGAAUACUUGAAGAGGGAUCAUAGGGUCUAUGCCUUUUUAGCUCGUGGUCUUACCUCUUUAUGCUCGCUUGAUGCUUAA